AAAAAAAAAGAUGAAAAACCGGAUCGAUGCACUUUAAAACUAAUUUAAUUCUUUUUCAGAUAUUUUGUCAUUUGAAAGUUAAAUGAAUAAAUCAGUGAAAUUAUUUCGAACUUUCAGUCGAUUGCAGAUAUGUUCUUUUUGCAACCCUGCUGGAAAUACGCGUAGUUUUUGCUCACAGAGUAUAGACAACAGGAUAUCAGAAGCGAAUGGGAAACCAGAUGUUGAUAAGUUGGCUAAGCCUGAUGUGGAAACGAAGAGGCUGGACAUAGCAGUUGUGGGUCACCCGAAUGCGGGUAAAUCGACUCUGGUGAACAGUGUGUGUGGGAAGGACGUGAUGCCAGUGUCCUCCAAAGUGCACACCACAAGAGCAUCCAUGAGAGGAUACCUCACCCAAGGUGAUACUCAACUUAUAUUCUGGGAUACUCCUGGUCUGAUAGACAGCAAACAAGCGAGGAAGCACAAACUGCCUAAAUCCAUCUAUGACGACCCAAGAAGAGCGUUUCUUCACUGUGAUCUAAUAGCCCUGAUGAUCGACUGUGAGGACCACAAGAAUACGAAUAAAAUUCCACCAGUCGUGAAAGAGCAACUGGCCAAGUUGUUCGCGACAACAUCAGUUUUCCCUGAUAAAGAAGUCGUGCUUAUUCUUAAUAAGGUCGAUGUGUACAAAGGUAGCAUCAAAAGUAUGAAGAGCUUGGUCCAAGUGCUAACCGAGGGAAUUAUUGGAGGCAAAUCAAUCGAGAGUAGAAGUACACAGGCUAAGCCGGGCAAAGGUCUUCUUGCAGCCGACUUUUCAACCCAUUUACCAAGCAAACUCAAACGAAGUCACGCCAGAAGUAAAAUCAACGAAAACUCCAUAGAUGUAGAAAAUGAAUUGCUGACAAGAGAAAGUUUGGAGGUUGAAAAUAGCUCAAUGCUUGCGUUUGAAUCUGAAAAGAAACCUCAAGAGAAGCCUUCGAUUGUUGAAGUUAUAGACAGAGACGAUGAAGAGUAUUUUCAACAGUUAAAUGUGCUGAAGAAACGAAGGGGCUUUAAUGGGUUUUCGGCCGUGUUUCAAAUAUCAGCAUUGCGUGGUUUUGGAUUGAGUGAGCUGAAAAGUUAUUUUAUGGGCAAAGCGAAGCCUGGGAAAUUUGAGGUAAAAGACGGGGUGUACACUAAUGCGAGUGUGGAGAAAGUGAUUGAAAAUGCUAUCAUCUCUCGAGUGUUUGAGAACCUGCCACAGCAUUUGCCAUACAAGGUCAACAUUGAGAUUCAAGAUGUGUUCGAAACAGAUCACGAACUAGUCAUUGUGGCUCUUCUCAUUACUCCCUACCAGAUGGGUCUGAUUUUGGGGGAGAACGCGAACACCCUUCGAAAGAUCAUCUCGGAGAGCAAAGAGCUCAUCUCCACAAUCACACAAGUGCCCGUCAAGAUAUCACUCACAGUAGAAGAGCGCUUCUAUCCUCAGCCAAGGAGAUAAACCACAAACAACUUUGAUUUAAAACUUCAUUUUCUGCGCAUUGAAAUAAUCUGAUGAGAUUGUGUCUUAAAUUGCAAUUUAAAUUGCUGA